UCACGACAGCCGACAUUUUUUUCUAGUUUGUUUUGCUCUGACUUUUGUGUAAUUUUUGUCAAAAAGACAAUGUUGUGAAUACUCAAUGCCACCCAACAUUACUUCAGGAGUUUCAUCACAUAUCUACCUACGGUUGUGACUUGCAAGUCGUCUUUGGAGUGCCACUAAAUAAGUGUCGGUGUACAGUCAACUCUAGCUCGUCACACCGACGAUGGAUUCCAUUCAACAAGAUUCCAUUCUAUACAUCACCGCUGCUCUUUGUACCUUCCUUGCUAUCUUAGUGUCCUACCGUUGGCUCGUAAGACAAUCUGCUGUCAAAGCCAAGGAUGAUGGUCACAAGAAAGAUGCGGUUGCUAAGGAGACGGAGGAGACAAAAGAUGAAGAAGAAAUAAAAACGCCACUAAGUUGCCCCUUCGGAUUUGUCUCAGAACCUCGCCCUCCUAAGGACGAGAAAGAGGAAGUUGAAGAUGAAGAUGAUGAUAUAGAUGAUAACAUUGACAACAUCAACGACCUGUUGAUAAACAGCUCCGAUAUCCAACCUCUAGAUGAGGAUGAGAAGAAGCGCCUUGAGGAGAUUGCGGCCAUGGAGAACCAGGAGAAGCUCGACCGUAGGAAGAUCAAGGAGUUGGAGGAAGAGGUCCAGAAGUCCAUGUCUGAACAACAGCUUGAUGAUGAACGGAAAACUCGACAGGCCCAGCUGGAAGCAAUCUUUUCCCUGAUGCAGGAGAAUAAUGAUCGUUUCGGCAUUGAAUCUGUGGAUGAUGUACAGAAGCAAUACAAACUGUAUGUGUGACACCCAAACUAUCAUCAUGUUCAUUUUUAUGUUUUAAGACCUGGUCACACAGGUCUCGAUAAUAAGAACGAAAACGAGAAUGUUUAAAAUGCACGCCCUCGAUCGGUUGAAAAAGCAUGGGCGUAUUCUGCGUGGAGCAACUCAACCAAUAGAAUGCAGUUAUUAUUGUGUGUUGUUAUCAUUAUCGAUUUCGUUAUCGCUGCAGUGUGACUCGGCCUUUAAAGUCUUCAUUAUUUAUACCACUGAGUUCAUAACACCUUUAAUAUUUACUAAACACGCAUCCGGGCUUGAGUGUGGGGACAAAUCCACAUUACAGCAGGGCUUGUAGUUUACAAUUUGUACUGGACCAGAACAUUUGGUACUAGACCAGCAGCCGAUUUCACAAAACGCUAGGAUUAAUCAUAACUCGAGUAACUUAGGACGGGUUCAAUAAACCCGUCCUAAGUCCUAAGAUUAAUCCUACUUGAAAGUUAGGAAGAGUUUGGUGAAAAUUGACGGCUGAAUCAAAAUCUACAGUGUCCCAUCCUAUUUAUUUGAACAAGCACUCAUGAGUCGUAUGGGUAAUACUUUCAUUCAAAAGAAUCAAAAGAUAUUUAUAUGACUCAAAAUUGAAGAUGGGGUGAUGUAUGUAUAUUCCAAAAAAAGACAGGACUAUCAGACUUGUGCGGUUGUUUACUGGCCCGUUGCUAAAACACUGGGGUAUUAGGCCUGUGGUCUGGUGUAAAUUUCUAGCCCUGCAAGAUAUAGUCCAAAUUAUUAUAUUAUGUCAUUUUCACUGUUACUAAUUAUGCAUUGUGGAAACCAUUCGCGCUUUAUAAAAUAUUUGUACAUUUUUCAUGAAAUAUGAGAAGACAUUUCCAGAGGUUUAAAUGGAAAUGCAAAAGGAAAAGGAACAAAAUCACAUAAGAAUUAAAACCAUAUUUAUCCAUCAGCACUUUUAUUUUGUCCACUGUUCACGUAUAAAACUGCUUCUCAUGAAAUUUCACAGCACACUUGAUCAACAAAAGAUGGAAUGCUUUGUAAAAUAUUUCUAUGGUGAGUCAUUUGGUACAAUUUUCUGACAAUUCUCACAUGAUUGAAAACCCAUGAGGUGUAGGAAGUAAUAGUGAAUUUCUACCCCAAAUGUGUGGUGGUAUCUAUGGCUUUAUCAGAGUUUCCAGCACAAAUUCUUUGAGUGAAGGCCUGAUGCAAUUUGUAGCCGGUUAGGACACCCCACAAAUUAAUACUCAAUUGCACAUGAUGUUUGGUAUAAAAUCAAAACCUUGCAGAUGCUGGUCACACUGUGUUGCACAAUGGGUCAAAAUAUUGUCUCAAACAUCAUGUUUUUUUUUCCAAAAGGGUAAAGAUCAAAUUUCAAGCUAAUUUGACUAUGUAUGAGUGACUUCAGAAGGGCCCUAGGUAGCUAGCUCUGCAUCAGUUAUUCUGUGGUUUGUUGGCUUUUAUUGCCAACAAGUAUUUUAAAACGUUGUUGUUGUGAGAAUGAUUCCAUAGUUUCAUUGGUUUGUCCUAAAGUUGCAGUUAGUAACAAUUGUAGGUGCAAUUGACUUUAAUUGUCUUUAUAAUAAAGUGCAAUUAGGUUUUGUAGGUUUUGGUAGCCAAUAUGGAGCUUUCUGAACUGACUAUAGGUAAGUAAGACCUCAAGCUUGAACCUUAAAUGCAAAUUUACUUUAGUGAUAAAUUGAUCUUACAGACUUUUGUUUUGCCAAAUGAUAACCCACCCCAAAUACAUGUAGGUCACAAGAGCAUACUCUUUUCCAUUCUGAAAACUGUGUGGCUGAGCAAUCUUUAUUUCUCACUUUACAACCGUUUUUUUUUAAGGGAUUCAAGCCGGUCGCUAGCGAAUUGUCGUCCUAUGAAAGAGUUAAUACAAGUAUGGUCCUGCAGACCUUAUUGUUGUUAGAAACAAUGAGUAACAUUUUGAACAAGUUUUCCAUGAGUAGAAUGGUCAAUGCUAAUGACAAAUUGACCAAUUUAACUUUCACUACAUUUUGCACUUAAGAGUAAGUUAUCUAAUGUUUGUUGGUAGUGUUUAGAUGUGGGAGUUUUGCGUGUAUUUGAAAAUGAGAAAACAACUCGAAUGAAGACUACAUUUUUAACUUGAAAUCAAAUAUUUUUUAGAUUUUAUUUAAACAACAUUCUUGAAAAUGGCAAUACCCAUAGUAAUUUGUUAUAGGCCUUAAUACAAUUUAAAUUUGUAUUUCAAAACAAAUAAGUUGUUAACUUCAGCACUGUAACAAAAUUAAAACUUUGGACAGUGAUGCAUAUUUUUUCAGAAACCUCUAUUUUCGAUGCCCAAAUUUGUGCAACCAUAGGUUUUAUUAACACCCGUUGGGCAAAAAGGAAAAGGAGGUCAAGUCUUGGUCUCAGGCGUUCAUUGUUGAGUCAUUAAAAUGUUUACUUCAUGGUUAAAACAAUUUUUUCCAUCAAUAUAUAAUUUUGUGAAAAUACAGAAUUGUAUACACAUUUAUAACUCAAUAUAGUUGGGACCACCUAUGUCCCUAAAGUUGUUUGCGAGACAUGCAGUCUAUUGUCACUGUUUUAAGUCUUUGUAUUUUGUUUCAAACAUUGAAAGUAAAAGUAGUGUGACCCACCACAAAGAACCUUAACAAAAGUUAGAAUCUUUCAAUUUCUCAUUCGAUUAUUUAAAAAUCCUCCAGUCCAUCAUCUUAUAAAGGUCAGAUUUGUGUUUCCCUAAUGGCUGCCUAUUGCUGCAAAGAAACUUGGCUGCGCUUAAAGGCAAGGUUUACAUUCGAUUGUUUUAAUCCUGCAGACAAUAAAAAACCAACCUGUGAAAAUUUCCCUUCAAAAGGUGGUAGCAUUUUUGAUAUAUCACGGAAACUCUGAAACGUUUAUGUCAACAUAGGACUUAUAAUCCACCAUUAGAAUAGGCCCCCCUACACAAUCACAGAAAUUGUUUCUGACAGUUAGGUUUCUCAGUUUCAAAGGUUGGAUGAUAAAAACUGAUAUAUUUUUCCAUAACCACAUUACUUAGAAGUGAAAUAAUUCUCAAAAUGCUUUAUACUUAUGAAAGCUGCUGUACAUUUUACAUCUAACCAAGUAAGUUUUUAUUGCCAUUAAUUUUAAGAAUGCUUACCAAACAUAUCUUCCCUUUGAGACUGUGGAUGCAUUCAAAGAAUUAUCUGUGAGUUUUUAAGUCAGCCAAGAUUCAAAAUGAAGAUACAUGUACACCCAAAUAGACUUGUGCUGUUUGUGUUGGAAAAUGAGAGUUGGACAAAUCAAAUAUUUGUGUGUUUAGACGAGUGUAUCAAAGGUUUUUAAUCACUAUAGAUUGUAGGUAUUGUAUUCAUAAGUGUGGAAGGUAUUUUAAUUGUACAUAAUGUUUUGUUUUUUAACUAUCUCCAAUCUUUCAUUGGGAAUUUGGGUUUACGAAUCCCUUAGUUUUUCACUGUUGUUAACUUGGAAGUUUCGUAAUUCACGCAGAAAUUGAUGACAUUGUUAUGCCAGGCUUUUUUCUAUCAGGUGUUAUGGUUUAUGCACAGUACUGAAUCCAUCAAAACACAGCAAAAAGUUGGUAUAGCAGCUUGGUUUACAAGUAAUUUGAUUUUCAACUCCUGUCUGUUAAAAAACUGGGCCCAGUUUCAAAGAGCUACUUAAAGCACAAAAAUGAGCUUAGCGCAACAAAAUGAUUAAGGUUACAUGUACCAUUCAAAAUACCAUUUGUGCAUGGUAUCCUGCUUAUUUCUGCUAAGCAGCUCCAAGAAAUUGGGACUUAAUUGGUCGAGACCCUUUUUCUGUCAACCUGUGCCUCAUUGCAUAGAGCCGCUUACAUAGAAAAGCAGCUUGGCACAUAAUGCUGAACAGAAUAUGGUUACAAGCCAAUGUGCCGUGUAUUACUCAGCAGAAAAUUGCUAAGCAACAAUGUCUGGUUAAGCUGAGCAUCUAAGAAAAUUUGAUGCAACUGGUACACAAUGUUAUUAACAUUCUCAUCGAUGGAACUAUGCACCAUUCUAUAACAAGUAUACACAAAUAUAAUACAAAAUAGAAAAAAGGAAAUUACAUAAUUAACAUAGGCACAGUUUUAUGGUAUAAUAACGCCAAUCUUGCCCCUUCAAACAACUCCACUGCUUUACAAACUUCAACUUCGUUGUAAAAUGUACACCUCGAUACAUGGUAAACAUUGAGUUCUCAACUUCAAAUCGUUUUUAAUGUUGGUCACCUUGGCUAUUUGUGUUUCUUGUUCAUAAUAAUAUUUCAGAGUUUUUAAACAAGUUGAGCAACAAAUUAAACCGUUAAUAGCACAUGUAUUAUUUUGUUGGUUCAAUCUUAAGAGUUUACCUUCACCGAGUUAUACUAUCAUUAAUUUUUUUUUUGUAAUGUGCUACUUUUUAUGCAGUUGUUGGACAUUUUUUUUAUGUUGGGUAAUGGGUGCAAUAAACAUUUGUGUUCAAAGUAAAGAUAUAUGCACUUAAA